GACGGCGGGGGGCUCAAGGCCCCCUGGUGUCUACCGGACCUCAAGGAGGGGCAGGUGCGGGGGCAGUGCUGGACCCUUCAGUUCUGCUCCAGGUCCAUCCUGGUUCUGCCCCACUCCUGUUCGGGUUCUUGCCCCGUUCCUGUCCCGGGUACAUCUCAGCUGAACCCGGUGCUGUCCAGUGUCCAGCCUGCUUCUGCCCCGGUCCGGCGGCACCUGCGGUGGGGCCGCGCCGUGAGCUCAGCGCUGGCGGAGCGCCCGGCCUGGGGCUAUGAAAGGGACGGAGCCGCCCCGCUCCUCCGGCACUGCUGCACCCGCCGCCCGCCGUGCCUGGGACAAACUGAACCGAACCGAACUGGGAUCAUGAGCCUGGGGCUGCCACUACUGCUGCUGGUGUUGACACUGCAAAGGGUGCAGGGGGGGGUAGGACCCCCCCCUGGACCCCCACCUGGCUCCCCAGAGCUCCCUUGUGGGGCUGCAGCACUGGAGGCAGUGCUGGGGCGCCUGCGGGAGCUGGAAGGAGAAGUGCGGGCGCUGCAGGGGCAGUGCGGGGACAACGGGGGGCCCCAGGCCGGCACCGGGCGCACGGCAGCACGGGGACUGUGCAGCACCCCUGAGGCAGGGGGCUGCGGUGCUGGGUGCCGGCUGGGGGAGGGCGGGGGUGGCCUCCCCUGCCCCGAGCCCCGAUGCCCCCUCGACUGCAGUGACCAGGGCCGCUGCCGGGCUGGCCGCUGCCACUGCUUCGCCGGCUUCACUGGGCCAUCCUGUGCUACACCUGCCUGCCCCCCCGGCCGUGGUGGACCCCACUGCACCCUUGAGAUCCCCGCAGUGACACCACGCUUGACUGCACGCAACCAGACCUCCUUCCGUGUGAGCUGGCCUCGGCCGAGCAUGCCCGUGGAUGGCUACCAGGUGGCCCUCAUCCCCAUGGAUGAACCAGAAGCAAUGGCCACCCACGAACUGCCUGGCUCUGCUGUCACCUUCGAGGUGACAGGGCUGGUGCCUGGAAGUGCCUUUGAGCUCUUCAUCCAGGCCCAGCGGGACCAGCACCUCGGGAUGCCUGGCACCCUGCGCGUCCGCACCUUGAUUGCCCAGCCCCUGCCCACCCACGGGGGGCCCCUGGGGUCCCCUACAUUCCUGGCAUCUCCAGUGGCCCCAGCAUCACCAUCAGCCCGAGGGUCUCCAGCAUCCCCACGGUCCCCAGUGUCACCAGCAUCCCCAGGGUCACCAGGGUCCCUGGGAUCCCCGGCAUCACCAGUAUCACCGGAUGCAUCCCUGGUCUUACCAGGGUCCUUGGGGUCACCAGCAUCCCCAACAUCUCCAAGGUCACCGGGAUCCCCAGCAUCUCCAGGGUCCCCGAGGUCACCAGCAUCCCCGAGGUCUCCAGUGUCACCAGUGUCCCCGGCAUCACCAGCUUCCCCUGAAUCUUCAUGGUCACCAGUGUCCCCAAGGUCCCCAGAGGCACCAGCAUCCCCAGUAUCCCCAAGGUCACCUGCAUUUCCACAGUCCCCAACAUCACCAAAGUCCCCGGUCUCCCCAGCAUCUCCCAUGUCCCCAGUGCUCCCAGGUGUUCCAUCUCUGCAUGACCUGGGGGCUAAGCUCUCAUCCUAUAACGGGUCAUUGCUGCAGCGCCUGGAGAGCCACCUCCGGGCCACGGACUUCCCUCUCCGGGGUAACCAGACAGUACCUGCAGUGGCCCGAGCCAUCCUCUCCUACCUGCUUCGCCGCAGCCCAGCCUCGCUGCGCUACCAGUUCCUCCGCCACCUCCACCAAAGUCCCCACCCCAAGCCCCAGCUUAUGCCAGGGGCUGCCGGAGAGGCCCUUGUGGACCUGGAUGGGCUGCGGGGCCACUCAGAGACUGUGGUGAUCCGCUACCGGCCCCUGGGGGAGCCAGAGGGGGCCGAGGGGGAGCUGCGGGUGCCAGGGGACACAGCAGUGGCCCGGGUGCCAGGGCUGGUGCCAGGGGCCAUGUACCGGGUGGAGGUGCAUGGCGUGGUGCAGGGGCGUGUCUCCAAGUCCUACACAUCCCUGGUGACUGCAGGGGUAGGUGGCACCAGUGAGCCCCCGAUAGACUGGGAGCAUCUGUAUGAGAUGGAGCUGACUGAGCCUCAAGGUGCCAUGGCCAAAGCAGCCCCGUCAGAGGAGGAACCACCACACCGGCCUCGUUUGGGCGAGCUCACGGCCUCCCACGUGACACCCACCACUGUCCAGCUGGAAUGGAAUGUCCUUGAAGGCACUUUUGACUCCUUCACGGUGCAGUACAGGGAUGCACAAGGCCAGCCACAGGCACUUGCUGUGGACGGUGGGUCCCGCACAGUGACUGUUCCUGGGCUGUUGCCUUCCCGCCGCUACAAGUUCAAUCUGUACGGGGUGUGGGGGCGGAAACGUAUUGGUCUUAUCUCCACUGAUGCCAUCACAGCCCCAGCACUCCCAAAGGAGGACCUACCAUCCCAGCCACGUCUGGGUGAGCUCACAGCCUCCCAUGUAACCCCCGACUCCAUCCAGCUGGAAUGGAGCGUCCCCAAGGGCACCUUUGACUCCUUCGCAGUGCAGUACAGGGAUGCACAAGGCCAGCUGCAGGUACUGCCUGUGGAUGGUGGUUCCCGCACAGUGACUGUACCAGGGCUGUCACCGUCUCACCGCUACAAGUUCAAUCUGUAUGGAAUGUGGGGGCGGAAACGUGUGGGCCCCAUCUCCACUGAUGCUGUCACAGAUGCAGUCAUACCAGAGGAGCAACCACCAUCUGAGCCACGCUUGGGUGACCUCACUGCCUCCCACGUCACCCCUGACUCAGUCCAACUGGAAUGGAGCAUCCCCGAGGCCACCUUUGACUCCUUCGUGGUGCAGUACAGGGAUGAGCAAGGUCAGCCACAGCUUCUGCCCGUGGAUGGAGAUUCCCGCACAGUGAUUGUGCCAGGGCUGUCACCAUCGCGUCGCUACAAGUUCAACCUGUAUGGGAUGUGGGGACGGAAACGUGUGGGCCCCAUCUCCACUGAUGCUGUCACAGCUGAAGUCAAGCCGAAAAAGAAACCACCAUCUGAGCCACGCCUGGGCGAGCUCACAGCCUCCCACAUCACCCCCAGUUCUGUCCAGUUGGAAUGGAGCAUCGCAGAAGGCACCUUUGACUCUUUCACAGUGCAGUACAAGGAUGUGCAAGGCCUGCCACAGGUGCUGCCUGUGGAUGGUAGUUCCCGUACAGUGACUGUGCCAGGGCUGUCACCAUCGCGCCGCUACAAGUUCAACCUAUAUGGGAUGUGGGGGCGGAAACGUGUGGGCCCCAUCUCCACUGAUGCCAUCACAGCUACAUUCGAACUGGAAAAUAAACCAUCUGAACCACACCUGGGGGAGCUUACAGCCUCCCACAUCACCCCUGACUCCAUCCAGCUAGAAUGGAGUGUCCCUGAGGGCACCUUUGACUCCUUUGUGGUGCAGUACAAGGAUGCACAAGGCCAGCAACAGGUGCUGCCUGUGGAUGGAGAUUCCCGCACAGUGACCGUGCCAGGGCUGUCACCAUCGCGCCGCUACAAGUUCAACCUGUAUGGGAUGUGGGGGCGGAAACGUGUGGGCCCCAUCUCCACUGAUGCUGUCACAGCUGCAGUAAAGCCGGAAAAGGAACCACUAUCCGAGCCAAGUCUGGGCGACCUCACAACCUCCCACAUCACCCCUGACUCAGUCCAGCUAGAAUGGAGCAUCCCUGAGGGCUCCUUUGACUCCUUUGUGGUGCAGUACAAGGAUGCACAGGGGCAGCCACAGGUGCUGCCUGUGGACAGAGAUUCCCGCACAGUGACCGUGCCAGGGCUGUCGCCAUCCCGCCGCUACAAGUUCAACCUGUAUGGGAUAUGGGGGCGAAAACGUGUGGGCCCUGUCUCCACUGAUGCUGUCACAGCUGCAGUAGAGCCAGAAAAGGAACCACUAUCCGAGCCACGUCUAGGGGAAUUCACUGCCUCCCACGUCACCCCUGACUCAGUCCAGCUGGAAUGGAGUGUCCCCGAGGGCACCUUUGACUCCUUCAUGGUGCAGUACAAGGAUGCACAAGGCCAGCCACAGGUUCUGCCUGUGGAAGGAGAUUCCCGCACAGUGACCGUGCCAGGGCUGUCGCCAUCUCGCCGCUACAAGUUCAACCUAUAUGGGAUGUGGGGACGGAAACGUGUGGGCCCCGUCUCCACUGAUGCUGUCACAGCUGCAGUAGAGCCGGUAAAGGAACCACCAUCUGAACCACGCCUGGGUGACCUCACAGCCUCCCAUGUCACUCCUGACUCAGUCCAGCUAGAAUGGAGUGUCCCUGAGGGCACCUUUGACUCCUUCGUGGUGCAGUACAAGGAUGCACAAGGGCAGCCACAGGUGCUGCCUGUGGACGGAGAUUCCCGCACAGUGACCGUGCCAGGGCUGUCACCAUCUCGCCGCUACAAGUUCAACCUGUAUGGGAUGUGGGGGCGGAAACGCCUGGGCCCUGUCUCCACUGACACCGUCACAGCUGCAGUCCAGCCAGAAGAGGAACGACCGUCCGAACCAAAGCUGAGGGAACUCAUUGCCUCCCACAUCACUCCUGACUCAGUCCAGCUGGAAUGGAGUGUCCCCGAAGGCACCUUUGACUCCUUCACAGUGCAGUACAAGGAUGCACAAGGCCAGCCACAGGUGCUGCCCGUGGAUGGAGGUUCCCGCACAGUGACUGUGCCAGGACUGUCACCAUCGCGCCGCUACAAGUUCAACCUGUAUGGGAUGUGGGGGCGGAAACGUGUGGGCCCCAUCUCCACUGAUGCUGUCACAGCUGCAGUAGAGCUGGAAAAAGAACCACCAUCAGAACCACGUCUGGGCGACCUCACAGCCUCCCAUGUCACUCCUGACUCAGUCCAGCUGGAGUGGAGCGUCCCUGAGGGCACCUUUGACUCCUUCACGGUGCAGUACAAGGAUGCACAAGGCCAACCGCAGGUGCUGCCUGUGGAUGGUGUUUCCCACAUAGUGACUGUGCCAGGGCUGUCACCAUCCCGUCGCUACAAGUUCAACCUGUAUGGGAUGUGGGGGCGGAAACGUGUGGGCCCCAUCUCCACGGAUGCUGUCACAGCUGCAGUCCAGCCAGAAGAGGAACGACCAUCCGAACCAAAGCUGGGGGAACUCAUCGCCUCCCACAUCACUCCUGACUCAGUCCAGCUAGAAUGGAGCGUCCCUGAGGGCACAUUUGACUCCUUUGUUGUGCAGUACAAGGAUGCACAAGGCCAGCAACAGGUGCUGCCUGUGGAUGGAGAUUCCCGCACAGUGACCGUGCCAGGGCUGUCACCAUCUCACCGCUACAAGUUCAACCUGUAUGGGAUGUGGGGGCGGAAACGUCUGGGCCCCAUCUCCACUGAUGCUGUCACAGAUGCAGUGCAGGUGGAAAAGGAACCACCAUCAGAGCCACACAUGGGGGAGCUCACAGCCUCCCACAUAACGCCCAACUCAAUCCAGCUGGAAUGGAGCAUCCCCGAGGGCACCUUUGACUCUUUCACACUGCAGUACAGGGAUGCUCAAGGCCAGCCACAGGUGCUGCCAGUGGACGGAGGUUCCCGCACAGUGACUGUGUCUGGGUUGACACCAUCCCAUGGCUACCAAUUCAACCUGUAUGGGAUGUGGGGGCAGAAACCUCUGGGCCCCAUCUCCACUGAUGCUGUCACAGCAGCUGCAGUCGAGCCAGAAAAGGAACCACCAUCUGAGCCACGCUUGGGUGACCUCGUGGCCUCCCACAUCACUCCCAACUCGGUCCAGCUGGAAUGGAGCAUCCCAGAGGGCACCUUUGACUCCUUUGUGGUGCAGUACAAGGAUGAACAAGGGCAGCCACAGGUGCUGCCCGUGGACGGAGAUUCCCGCACAGUGACUGUGCCAGGGCUGUCACCAUCACACCACUACAAGUUCAACCUGUAUGGGAUGUGGGAGCAGAAACGCGUGGGGCCUGUUUCCACUGAUGCUGUCACAGUUGAGCAUGAAAAACAACCACCAUCUGUACCACGCCUGGGCGAGCUGACAGCCUCCCAUGUCACCCCUGACUCAGUCCAGCUGGAAUGGAGCAUCCCCGAGGGCACCUUUGACUCCUUUGUGGUGCAGUACAAGGAUGCACAAGGCCAGCCACAGGUGCUGCCCGUGGAUGGUGGGUCUCACACAGUGACUGUGCCAGGACUGUCACCAUCGCGUCGCUACAAGUUUAACCUGUAUGGGAUGUGGGGGCGGAAACGUGUGGGCCCCAUCUCCACUGAUGCUGUCACAGCAGCAGUUGUGCUAGAUAAGGAACCACCAUCUGAGCCACGCCUGGGUGACCUCACAGCCUCCCACGUCACCCCUGACUCAGUCCAGCUGGAAUGGAGCGUCCCUGAAGGCACCUUUGACUCCUUCACAGUGCAGUACAAGGAUGCCCAAGGCCAGCCACAGGUGCUGCCUGUGGACAGAGAUUCCCGCACAGUAACCGUGCCAGGGCUGUCACCAUCUCACCGCUACAAGUUCAACCUGUAUGGGAUGUGGGGGCGGAAACGUCUGGGCCCUGUCUCCACUGCCGCUGUCACAGCUGCACUUGAGACCAAAAAGGAACCAGCAUCCAAGCCACAGCUGGGGGAACUCACUGCAUCCCACGUCACCCCUGACUCAGUCCAGCUAGAAUGGAGCGUCCCUGAGGGCACCUUUGAUUCCUUUGUGGUGCAGUACAAGGAUGCACAAGGCCAGCCACAGGUGCUGCCUGUGGAUGGAGAUUCCCGCACAGUGACCGUGCCAGGGCUGUCACCAUCUCGCCGCUACAAGUUCAACCUGUAUGGGAUGUGGGGGCGGAAACGCCUGGGCCCUGUCUCCACUGACACCGUCACAGCUGCAGUCCAGCCAGAAGAAGAACGACCAUCCGAACCAAAGCUGGGGGAACUCAUCGCCUCCCACGUCACCCCUGACUCUGUCCAACUGGAAUGGAGCAUCCCCGAGGGCACCUUUGACUCCUUUGUGGUGCAGUACAAGGAUGCACAAGGCCAGCCACAGAUGCUGCCCGUGGAUGGAGAUUCCCGCACAGUGACCGUGCCAGGGCUGUCACCAUCUCACCGCUACAAGUUCAACCUGUAUGGGAUGUGGGGGCGGAAACGUGUGGGCCCCAUCUCCACUGAUGCUGUCACAGCUGCAGUUGAAACAGAAAAGGAACCACCAUCCGAGCCACAGCUGGGGGAACUUACAGCCUCCCACGUCACCCCUGACUCCAUCCAGCUAGAAUGGAGUGUCCCCGAGGGCACCUUUGACUCCUUCAUGGUGCAGUACAAGGAUGCCCAAGACCAGCCACAGGUGCUGCCCGUGGAUGGAGAUUCCCGCACAGUGACCGUGCCAGGGCUUUCACCAUCCCGCCGCUACGAGUUCAACCUGUAUGGGAUGUGGGGGCGGAAACGUGUGGGCCCCAUCUCCACUGAUGCCAUCACAGCUGCAGUGGAGUCGGAAGAGGAACUGCCAUCAGAGCCACGACUGGGCGAGCUCACUGUGUCCCAUGUCACCCCUGACUCCAUCCAGCUGGAAUGGAGCGUCCCCGAGGGCACCUUUGACUCCUUCGUGGUGCAGUACAUGGAUACACAAGGCCAGCCACAGGUUCUUCCUGUGGAUGGUGGUUCCCACACAGUGACUGUGCCAGGGCUGUCACCAUCCCACCCUUACAAGUUCAACCUGUAUGGGAUGUGGGGGCAGAAACGUCUGGGCCCCAUCUCCAUUGAUGCUGUCACAGCCCCACCUCCAGCAGAGGAGGAACCACCAUCCCAGCCCCGUCUUGGCGAGCUCACAGCCUCCCACGUCACACCAGACUCCAUCCAGCUGGAAUGGAGCGUCCCCGAGGGCACCUUUGACUCCUUCACGGUGCAGUACAAGGAUGCACAAGGCCAGCCACAGGUGCUGCCUGUGGAUGGAGAUUCCCGCACAGUGACCGUGCCAGGGCUGUCGCCAUCGCGCCGCUACAAGUUCAACCUGUAUGGGAUGUGGGGGCGGAAACGUGUGGGCCCCAUCUCCACUGAUGCUGUGACAGCUGCAGUCAAAACGGAGGAGGAACCACCAUCCCAGCCACGCCUGGGCGAGCUCACGGUCUCCCACAUCACUCCCAGCUCUGUUCAGCUGGAGUGGAGUGUCCCCGAGGGCACCUUUGACUCUUUCACACUGCAGUACAGGGAUGUGCAAGGCCAGCCACAUGCGCUACGUGUGGAUGGAGAUUCCCGCACAGUGACUGUGCCUGGGCUGUUGCCAUCUCACCGCUACAAGUUCAACUUGUAUGGGAUGUGGGGGCGGAAACGUCUGGGCCCUAUCUCCACUGAUGCUGUCACAGCACUAGUCAAGUCAGAAGUAGAACCACCAUCCCAGCCAUACCUGGGUGAACUCACAGCUUCCCAUGUCACCCGUGACUCCGUCCAGCUGGAAUGGAGUGUCCCCGAGGGGAAAUUUGACUCCUUCAAAGUGCAGUACAAGGAUGAACAAGACCAGCUGCAGGUGCUGCCUGUGGAUGGAGAUUCCCGCACAGUGACCGUGCCAGGGCUGUCACCAUCUCACCACUACAAGUUCAACCUGUAUGGGAUGUGGGGGCAGAAACGUCUGGGCCCCAUUUCCACUGACACUGUCACAGCUGCGGAUGAACUAGAAAAGGAACCAGCAUCCGAGCCACGCCUGGGAGACCUCACAGCCUCUCACAUCACCCCUGACUCCGUCCAGCUGGAAUGGAGUGUCCCCGAGGGCACCUUUGAUUCCUUUGUGGUGCAGUACAGGGACACACAAGACCAACUGCAGGUGCUGCCUGUGGAUGGUGGAUCCCAUACAGUGACUGUGCCCGGGCUGUCUCCAUCCCAACGCUACACAUUCAUCGUAUACGGGAUGUGGGGGCAGAAACGUCUGGGCCCCAUCUCCAUUGAUGCUGUCACAGCCCCACCUCCAGCAGAGGAGGAACCACCAUCCCAGCCCCGUCUUGGCGAGCUCACUGCCUCCCACAUCACCCCUGACUCCGUCCAGCUGGAAUGGAGCGUCCCCGAGGGCACCUUUGACUCCUUCACGGUGCAGUACAAGGAUGCACAAGGCCAGCCACAGGUGCUGCCUGUGGAUGGUGCGUCUCGCACAGUGACUGUGCCAGGGCUGUCACCAUCGCGCCGCUACAAGUUCAACCUGUAUGGGAUGUGGGGGCGGAAACGUGUGGGCCCCAUCUCCACUGAUGCUGUCACAGGUGCCCCAGGGACCCUGUGGGUGGGGUCCCUGUGGCCCCGCAGUGCUCGCCUGCACUGGGCGCCCCCCCAAGUCCCUCCUGAUGGCUACAUCCUUGUCUACGGCCCCCCUGGUGGCCCCCUGCAGACGCUGCAGCUGCCCCCUGAGGCAACAUCGAAGGAGCUGUGGGGCCUGGAGCCCAUGGGCCACUACUGGGUGCAGUUGCAGAGCCAGGGGCUGGAGCCGGCCCCCGUGCCCCUCGAGGCCACCUUCGACACCCCGCCCCUACUCCACCCGUACCCCCGGGACUGCGUUGAGGAGCAGCUAAACGGACCAAGGCCUUCACGCGAAGCCCUCAUCUUCCUCGGAGGGGACCGACAGCGGCCCCUGCGUGUCUUCUGCGACAUGGAGACCGAUGGCGGUGGCUGGCUGGUGUUCCAGCGACGCAUGAAUGGGGCCACUGAUUUCUGGCGGGGAUGGGAAGAGUACACCCACGGCUUUGGCAACGUCUCCCAGGAGUUCUGGCUUGGGAACGAGGCGCUGCACGCGUUGACGGCGGCUGGCCCCACGGAGCUGCGGGUGGACCUACGGACGCCGCUGGACGCCGCCUUUGCCCACUACCGCGACUUCGCUGUUGCUGGCCCCGAGGAGCACUACCGCCUCCACCUUGGCGCCUACAGCGGCACCGCCGGGGACGCAAUGUCCUACCACGCUGGCAGCCCCUUCUCAACGCGGGACCGUGACCCCCGGCGCCGCCCCCGGCCCUGCGCCGUCGCCUACACAGGGGCCUGGUGGUACCGCAACUGCCACUACGCCAACCUCAAUGGGCGCUAUGGUACCCCCUACGACCAUCAGGGCAUCAACUGGUUUCCCUGGAAAGGUUUCGAGUUCUCCAUCCCCUUCACGGAGAUGAAGCUGCGGCCACAGCAUGACUGAGAGCACCCAGAGAGGAGGCAGGGCUGCCAGGGGCAGUGGUGAUGAAGCCUUUAUGGGGUCAAUAAAAGCUGCGAGCAACCAGCAAGCAA